CCCGCCCUCUGGGAAGGAAAGGAUUGCGUCAUUUUCGGGCGCCGUUUUGAAGAGAGAAGCGAGGAGAUGCGGGAGAGGAGGCCACGCUUCUGAUUGGCUGAAGACAAUGGCCAUGUAAUCAAGGGACAAAGGGAAGAAAGGCCACGCCGCGAUGGCUGUGCAACUGGUAUCCCGUCACUUCUUAGAAGUUUUCUGUCCUUGGAUAUCUACUCAUUCCAGAUUCUCUUCCAUUUCAAAGAACUGUUUACUACUCAGGUUUCUGGGUCUACGAACUUUCAGCUCCUCUCCAGCACUUUACAAGUUACACAACAGGGACUUGGGAAAGGAACUGCCUUCCAGCUCCUCUGAAGCCAUUCUUAAGCAGGAGCCUGAUGAUGAUGAUGAUGAUGAAGUCGGCUUUGGGACACUGUCCCAUAAAUUCUCUGGAAGGCGGUUUUUCCAGAAAGCAACACCAGAACUCUACAACUUACAGCUCCAAGCGCAGGGAGAGGAGAAGGAUGAGCCGCAACCGAAACCCCGCCAUGGUCCCAGGAAUACUCCGUAUUGGUAUUUCUUGCAAUGCAAGGCCCUGAUAAAGGAGAAUAAGUUGAAAGAAGCCCUGGGUCUGUUUGAGACACAGAUGCUGAAGGAAGAGCGCGUCUUCCCAGAAGAGAGCAACUACACAGUGUUGAUCGGCGGAUGUGGCAGGGUUGGAUAUCUGAAGAAAGCCUUCAGGCUCUACAAUGAUAUGAAAAAGCGAGGCUUGGAGCCCACCGAUGCCACGUACACUGCCCUGUUCAAUGCCUGUGCGGAGUCGCCCUGGAAGGAUACCGGCCUGCAAGCGGCCCUGAAGUUACGGCAGGAACUGCUGAGCAAAAACAUUGAGCUGAGUGUCAUCACCUACCGUGCCCUCUUGAAAGCUUGCGCCUUCUGCUCAGAUCUCCAGAUGUGCUUCGAGAUCCUGAAGGAGAUGGUCCAUAAAGGCCACCAGAUUACCACAGAGACAUUCAAUUUCCUCCUCAUGGGAUGCAUAAAAGACAAAGAAAAUGGGUUCCGGUAUGCCUUGCAGGUCUGGCAGCAGAUGAGAAAACUGAAUCUUAAACCCGACAGCUACAGCUACAACUUGAUGCUCAACGCUGCCAGAGAGUGCGGCCUUGGGGAUCCCGCAGCGGCUUCGGAAUUGUUGCUCAGACCUUCGGGCGAAGGCUCUGCCAUUCCACGGCUGGAGGCCGGUGGGAGGAAAAAGAGAAAGGGCCAGAGAGGAAAAACAGCAGACCCUGGACUUGGUACACAAUUGGAUGUAGAAAAACUGGAAAAAUCCAUCUUCCCAGAAGAGAGCAGGGAGGUGGAGGAGCAAAACAGUGCUGCAAGCAAUGCUUGCAUCAAGGCAGAGGCCAGAGGCGCUUCAAAUCCAACAGAUAUGAUAACGUUCAAGGAACCAAUGUCAUAUGAAAAUAGCUGUUUGUCUUCAAGCAUGACAGAAGUAGGUGCUAUGGAUACAUGCCACCUUCCCAACCUACUAGACUUGCAGAUAGAAAAUAAAAAUGUGGUUUCCUUGGGAACUGUGGCCACGGCUUCCGACAGGCUAGCUUUGAUGGGGAACCUGGAGGGCUUCUUGCAGAAAAUGAAGAGCGAUGGAGUGGAGCCCAACAUCAAGACAUACACGCUGCUGGCCGAAGUGGUCCAGCCCGGCAGCCCAGCGGAAGCUUCCUUACUGGCAGCGAUGGAGAAGGAGGACAAUGUGAAAGCUGACAUAACUUUUUUUAACACCUUGAUCAGGAAGAAGAGUAAAGCAGCAGAUCUGGAAGGAGCAAAGAGCUUAAUGCCAAUACUGCGGAAGAAAGGACUCUCGCCCAAUUUGCAGACCUUUUGUAACUUGGCCAUAGCCUGCCGCAAGCAGAAGGAUGGACUGCAGCUACUUUCAGAUAUGCAGCAAUCUGGCCAAAACCCCAAUGUACACAUCUACAGUACUCUGAUUAAUGCCGCCGUGAAGAGACUGGACUAUGCCUACCUGAUAGAGAUCCUAAAAGAUAUGAGAAACACUCGAGUCCCUCCAAAUGAAGUGGUCAUACGUCAGCUGGAGUUCGCAGCCCAGUAUCCGCCUCAAUUUGAUCGGUAUAAAACAAAGGACCCUUAUCUGGAGAGAAUUGAUGGCUUUCGAGCCUACUACUUCCGCUGGCUAAAGUGGAUGGAAGCAGAAGAAACUCCGCACCCUUGGGCAAAAUUCAGAAAUCCGAAGCAGCCGGAAAAGAAAGACGAUUCUGACGAUGCCCAAAAGCACAGGGGUGAAAUGGGACAGUAGAAUAAAAACAGCUGUUGAUACUGUA